GACUUCCGGUCGCGCCGCGGGGCCCGCGAGUGUGCGGCAGCUGCGAGCCUGGGCGCCAUGAGCCUCCUCAGGACCUUCCCGCCGCCCGGGCCGGCGGACGGCGUGCGGCGGCAGCAGGCGGAUACGGAGGCCGUGCUGGACGGUCAGGGGCUGGGCACCGGCACGCUCUACAUUGCCGAGAGCCGCCUGUCUUGGUUAGAUGGCUCUGGAUUAGGGUUCUCAUUGGAGUACCCCAACAUUAGUUUGCAUGCAGUAUCCAGGGACCUCAAUGCCUAUCCAAGAGAGCAUUUGUAUGUCAUGGUGAAUGCCAAAUUUGGAGAGGAAGUAAAAGCAUCUGUUUCUGAUGAAGAAGAGGAAGACAGUGAUGAUGAUGAGCCUAUUGCUGAAUUUAGAUUUGUGCCUAGUGAUAAAUCAGCAUUGGAGGCCAUGUUCACUGCAAUGUGUGAAUGCCAGGCUUUGCAUCCAGAUCCUGAGGAUGAAGAUUCAGAUGAUUAUGAUGGAGAAGAAUAUGAUGUGGAAGCACACGAACAAGGUCAGGGGGACAUCCCUACAUUUUAUACCUAUGAAGAAGGAUUGUCCCACCUAACAGCGGAAGGCCAAGCCACCCUGGAGCGGUUAGAAGGGAUGCUUUCCCAGGCCACGAGUAGCCAGUACAACAUGGCUGGGGUACGGACAGAAGAUUCCUUACGGGAUUAUGAAGAUGGGAUGGAGGUAGAUGCUGCCCCUGUUGUUGCUGGACAGUUUGAAGAUGCAGAUGUUGACCAUUGAGAUUGAUUCUUGGUGCUUUGAGAUUCUGCUCAUAACUGUGGGAGAACUUGGUGCCUCUUCUACUGUGGCAUGGCAACUGAUGGAAGUCUUUCUCUCUCUAGUGUUCUCCUGAACCUGUUAUUUUUUGAGACAGACUGAGCUGAGACAACAUCUUGUCAUUAGCAGAAGAAACUAUAGCCUUUAUUAACAAAGGUGAAUUAACUUAAGCAGUUAUUUGUAGUUUAUUAUUUUCCCAGAGCAUUCUGUAUCUAGAUGCCCUCUGAGUUGACCUGUAAUCUCUGCCUCCUCAGUAAUGCAUUUUCUGGAACAUAGUAGACUUUAAGGUGAAAGUGCAGGCGUUGGGGUGUAGAUAGAUUGGAAGGUAAAAAGGAUGAAUCUAACACAUACUUCCUUAAGGCAUAAAGAGUCCCUUCACCUUUGACCCAGGAAGAGGUUUCCCCAGCAACCCUUCUCUUCCUUCAUAGGAGUGGCUCACCAACUAGCUUGCCUGGGGGACUCAGCUGCGCACCUCUUGCUGGACUCUGGGUGUUGCCUGGCCACACAUCCCUCCACUGACACCAGGUUUGCCUGGGCUGGACUGUCUUGGGCAGGUCUCAGGCUUUUAAGUGUGAAUAGAACAGUGGAGGCAGGUGAAGUCCUCCAAGUACGUCAGGUGAUACCUGUUUGGUCUUUGUAAGAACUUAACGAAUAAAUCUAGGUUU